AUGGAAUAUAGAGUUCACUGUAUUUGGUUGCUGUUGCUGCAUAUACAAGUGAUAUCAGGUGCACCUCUGCUGCAAUGGUUGCAGCAAAACCAGAUAACUCCCAUACAACAGCAGCUGUUAGAACUACAGGCGAUGCAGCAAUAUUAUCCGAUAUCACCACUUGGUAUUGACACAUUGACUAAUCAACCUCAGCCACUUAUAAUCAUUUUACCAGAGGAACAAACAAAAACAGACGGAAACACAGAUCCAAAAAACGGCCAUCAAUAUGAUAGAAUGGAACAACUGAAGACAAAAACUAAAGAAGAAGACGAUUCAGUUGUGAUAGACGCUGAACCUAUACCCACCAUUGAUGGUAGAAAAGCCGUAAUAAUGCUACCAAAUGGUAGAUUUUCUAUAGGCGACUUUAUUUCAGCUAUACCAUUCCUUCCCAUAGAAAUUAACGUCCCAGAUACUAUAUCCUGGAUAGGAAGUGGAAUAUCAGGCAUCAUAUCUGGCAUUGGACAAAGAUUACCUUUCCGAAGACCGACUCAGAACACAGUUAGCGAUAUUAUAGCUGAAGCUAACAUGGAUGGCAUGAAAACAAACGCUCAAUAUAAUCCAAUAAUUGUCAAACCUUUAGUUAUGCUACCGUUUGGUGGCAAAAGACUGAUAUUUCCACCUCAAUUUUGA